GGCGGGGAUCUGCCGGCGGUGUUGCGGUGCCGGCGGUGCGGCGGCGGAGAUGUGCGCGGCGGGGAGGCGCUGGGGCCGGCGGCAGCGAGUGCUGCUCUGGGGCGUCCUGCUGGCGGCCUGGGAGGCGGCGUGGGGGCAGCUGCGCUACUCGGUGCCCGAGGAGAUGCCCAAGGGCUCGUUCGUGGGCGACGUGGCCAACGACCUGGGGCUGCAGCUGCCGGCGCUCCCAGACAGCGGUGUCCAAGUUGUCUCUGUCGGUAGGACGCAGUAUUUCUCUCUGCACGGGAAGACGGGACAUUUAGUGACGGCCGAGAGGAUCGAUAGAGAGCAGCUGUGCCGGCUGGUGGAGCAAUGUGUGCUGCGCUGUGAGCUGAUAGUGGAGGGGGAAAUGAAGUUUUAUAAAAUCGAAGUAGAAGUCACGGACAUCAAUGACAACGCCCCCAGCUUCCGAGAAGCACAAAUAGAACUUAGAACUAGCGAGACGACGGCUCCGGGAUCGCGGUUUCCCCUGGCCGAGGCUCACGACCCGGACUCGGGACAGAAUUCCCUGCAGAGCUACGAGCUGAGCGGCGACGAGCACUUCUCGCUGGCCGUGCAGACGGGCCCCGGCGGGGAUCAGCGUCCCGAGCUGGUGCUGGCGAAGGCGCUGGACCGGGAGGAGGCGGCGUUUCACGAGCUGGUGCUGAGGGCGAGCGACGGCGGCGAGCCGUCCCGGACGGGCACGGCGCGGAUCCGCGUGACGGUGCUGGACGCGAACGACAACGCGCCCGUGUUCAGCCAGGCGGAGUACACGGUGCGUGUGCCGGAGGACGUGCCCGUGGGCUCCACCCUCGUCACCGUCACGGCCACCGACGCAGAUGAGGGGCUGAACGGGCAAGUGAGAUACUCGUUGAAAAAAGUGUCGGACAUGGCAUCGGAUAUUUUCCGUCUGAACGCCGAAACUGGAGAGAUCACGCUAUUGCGAAGCCUGGACUUCGAGGAAGGCAACUACUACGAGCUGGAAGUGCAGGCGCAUGACGGUGGAGGCCUUUUCGACACGGUCAAAGUCACGAUCUCAGUUACAGAUGUCAACGACAACGUGCCAGAGAUUUCCGUGAGGUCGGCGCUGACUGAGAUCUCAGAGGACGCCCCGACGGGGACGGUGGUGGCCCUGCUGCACGUGCACGACCGCGAUUCGGGGGCCAACGGCGAGGUGCGCUGCUCCCUUGACGGGAGCGUCUCGUUCCACCUAGAGAAGUCCUUGGAGGGCUAUUACCGCGUGGUGACAGCGAGAGAGCUGGACCGGGAGCAGGAGUGGGAGUACAACGUGACGGUGCGGGCGGCCGACGGCGGUCGUCCGUCGCUGCAGAGCAGCAGGGUGCUGUGUCUGCGGGUGCUGGACGUGAACGACAACGCGCCGGUGUUCUUGCAGGAGCGCUACAGCGCUCGGCUGCGGGAGAACAACGUGGCGGGCGCGCUGGUGCUGCGGGUGCGGGCGACGGACUCGGACUGGGGGGAGAACGCGCGCGUGCGGUACCGUCUGGGGGAGGGCGGUGUGCGGGGCUCGGCGCUGUCGUCGUACGUGUCGGUGCAGGCGGAGACGGGCGCGCUGUACGCGCUGCGCUCGUUCGAUUACGAGCAGGUGCGCGAGGUGGGGCUGUGGGUUUGGGCGGAGGACGGCGGCUCGCCGGCGCUGAGCAGCAACGUGUCGGUGCGGCUGGUGAUCGUGGACGAGAACGACAACGCGCCGCAGGUGCUGUACCCGCCGGCGGCGGCGGCGGCGGCGGCGUCGGGCUCGGGCUGGGCGGGCGUGGAGCUGGCGGCGCGGUCGAGCGAGGCCGGCGCGCUGGUGGCCAAGGUGGUGGCGGUGGACGCGGACGCGGGUCAGAACGCGUGGCUGUCGUACGAGCUGGCCAAGGCGACGGAGCCGGGGCUGUUCCGCGUGGGGCUGCACAGCGGCGAGGUGCGCACGGCGCGCUCGCCACUGGCCCGCGACGCGGCGCGCCAGAGCCUGGUGGUGCUGGUCAAGGACCACGGGCGGCCGGCGCUGUCGGCCACGGCCACGCUGAGCGUGGUGCUGGCCGACAGCGUGGCCGAGCUGCUGGCCGAGCUGGGCAGCGCGGCGCGGGCCGAGGCGGAGGCGGGGGCGGCCGAGGCGGGCGGCAGCCUGACGCGCUGGCUGGUGCUGGCCGUGGCCGCCGUGUCGUGCCUCUUCGUCGCCUUCCUGCUGCUGCUGCUGGCGCUGCGCCUGCGGCGCUGGCGGCGCUCGCAGCAGCAGCUGCUGGCGGCGGCCAGCGGCGCCUUGCGCGGCGUGCCGGCCACGCACUUCGUGGGCAUCGACGGCGUGCGCGCCUUCCUGCACUCCUACUCGCACGACGUGUCUCUCACGGACGACUCGCGCAAGAGCCACCUCCGCUUCUCGACCGACAGCUGCUGCCACACCCUGCCGGCCCGGCCGCCGCCCGACGAGCCCGCGCCGCUGCUCGGAGACCAGGAACCUGCCGGUGCCCCGCAGGCGGACCCUGCCCCUCUCCCGCAAGUUCAACCCAACAAAGACUGGUACAAAAAGCUGUGCCGUUGCAGGGAGGAGAUUGUGCUUCGAGGUCUAAAUAAAUAA